UCAGAAGAGUAUGCCAAACACAGCCUGACCCACAGCAAAUUACCAAUACUGCUAAGCCAGAUUCCUCUGCUGCUUCACCAGGUCAGCUGGUGGGGACUUCCUGGGCUAAUGUUGCCUCUCAGCCUCCAAAGAAACCUGUCUCUAAAGAAAGAACAAUCCGCAGCAAUCACAUGCAGAUGGAGGAAAUGGCUGCACAGCAGGAAGAGGGAACUCCAGGGAAGAAAAAACGGAAGAAAAAGAAGAAGAAGGUUAAAGGUGAAGAUGCAGAAGCUGAGUCUGAAGAGCCAGCAAUGUAUCAGGAGCCUCCAAAAUUUGAGGAUGAGGAGGAGUUUCCAGGCUUGACUCCUGCUCUGACUAGGACUGAUAGAUUAAUGACAAGCAGCUAUGCAGCCACACUAUGCAAUGAGGAAAACCAAAGAGCGCAUCAGUCUACCAACCAAACCAAAGAAAAAUCACCCGCAGCAAAAACUCAGCCCACAGAGACGGCUAAGAAAGGACCGAAAGCUGAAAAGGUGUCUGGGAAGAAAAGCCAAGUUCCUGUUAAACUGGACAUUGGAAACAUGUUGGCCGCCCUAGAAAAGAAGCAAUCUCAAAAAGCCAAACAGGACGCCAAACCAGUCAUUCUCUCAGUUGGUGGAGGACUACCUGUUGUCCAGAAGCAACCUUCAUUUCAGAAGAAGCUGUCCAGGCAGCAGGAUAAAAUUGCACACAAUCCCCUGGACUCCACCAGCCCUUUGGUGAAGAAAGGCAAGCAGAGAGAGGUGCCCAAAGCCAAGAAACCCACUCCUCUCAAGAAGGUCAUUUUGAAAGAAAGGGAGGAGAGGAAACAAAGACGUUUGCUGGAGGAGAGAGGACUACUGCCCGAAAAUGACUUCCAACCUGCUAAUGAUGCUGCUGCAGAAGAAGAGCAGUGUGACACAAAUGCCACAGCCUCAGAUGAGGUUGGGAGUCCUUCAGAAGAACUUGAUGGUCCGUCAGAGUUUAACGGAACAAACCAGAUGGUGAAAGAGGGGGAUGAAGAGGCCGACAAAGAUGAGAACGUAGAGCAACAAACCACCUCACCUGUGCCCUGUACAGCCAGUCGACCCAAAAUCCACAGCAGAAAGUUCCGAGACUAUUGCAGUCAGAUGCUGAGCAAAGACGUGGAUGAGUGUGUGACAGAUCUGCUGAAGGAGCUGGUUCGUUUCCAGGACCGCUUGUACCAGAAGGACCCCAUGAAGGCCCGUAUGAAAAGACGCAUUGUGAUGGGGCUCAGAGAGGUCCUGAAGCACCUCAAACUCAGGAAGGUCAAGUGUGUUGUCUUCUCACCCAACUGUGAACGCAUCCAGUCCAAAGGAGGCCUGGAUGAGGCUCUUUACACCAUCAUUGACACUUGUCGUGAACAGGGGGUGCCAUUCGUGUUUGCCCUAUCCAGGAAAGCUUUGGGUCGCUGCGUCAACAAGGCAGUGCCUGUCAGCCUGGUGGGCAUCUUCAACUAUGACGGUGCACAGGACAUCUAUCAUAAGAUGAUCGAGUUGUCGUCUGAGGCCAGGAAAGCCUAUGAGGUGAUGGUGUCGAGCCUGGAGCAGACAGGCCAGGUGGAGGCAGAGGCAGAGGAGUCCGUGGACAUUGAGGAAGAGCUGCAGAUCAGCAGCCUGGCUGAGGAGGCUGAGCCCGGUCCUGACGCCACACAGCCAGAGGAACCAGAGUACAUAAAAAUUUGGAAGAACAUGUUGGAGAAGGAUUGCAACCACACAUUUCUGAACUUUGAGAAGCAGCUGAGCUCCCUGCGCUUGGAUAAUGUAUGCACUGAAAACACUGAUGAAGAUGAGAAGAGUUGACGGUGGCAAACCCCUCUGUGCCUGCACAAAAUGACUCACUCGACAAAAAAAUGCCCCACUCGUUCUGAUCACCAGCUUAGAAGAAACUAAAAUGGACUAAAUCCCACAUGCAGAAAAAGAGCAAUGCAAGCUGUUUGCUGCAGUGGUUCUCCACCUGAGGAUUUUGUCAGGAAAUUAAUUAUGUUGCUAGUUUGCAAUGAAUUAUGAAUUCCUUUAUUUUCUAUUUGGAAAGCUAAAGUAAUAUAUGUGUUUUUUGAGUUCAAGAUAAAGUGUGUGUGUGGGUGAUAAAACUGUAGAGGUGUAAUCACUGACUUAUUAGGACCAAACCACUCACUUAAAGAAAUCUCACAAUAUGAACCUUUGACCAUGUUGUCUGUAAACAUGACUAGAGGGUGUAUAUGGGUUAAUGUACUAAAUGUGUGUGUAGAAUGUCAACCAGUUACACAGUAAUAAGAAAUUACCACUAUCAGUGGGGAUUUAUGCCCUGGAGACCCUUUGGUGGAUUUUGUUUAUCAAUUUGGUUCAGUUUAAAGGUCCCAUGGCAUGAACAUUUCACUUUAUGAGGUUUUUUAACAUUAAUAUGAGUUUCCCC